AUGAGCCUGAGGAGGGGCAAAAAACCGGAGAGAUACACUUGGGAAUCAAGAAGAUCUUACAAGAGAAGGCUUGAAGGCAAGCCACUACAAAAACAAGAAGAUCCGGGGAAGUUUGUGAUCACUUCUAGUAUCAAUGGCUUUCAACUCCAUGAUUGCCUAUGUGAUACUGGUGCUAAUGAGGUCGACUUGUCCCAACCGACUUUCAUAUCAUGCAUGGUAUGGGAAGGCUCAAAGAGGAAUCAACUAAUUCUAGGAACCCCAUUCCUUGCUAUAGCCGGAGCAGUCAUCAACUACUUCAAGAACCAUCUAUUUUUUGGUCAUAUCCGGCAAGAUGUUUUCUUUCAAAGCAUCAACUUCAAGUCAGUACCAAGUGCAACCAAACUACCACGAGAAGAAGCCACUCUCAUGCAUAAGAAAGAAGCCAUGCUGCAUGGAGGAAGAAAGGAGAGUGAGCACUACCCAAAACCAAAGGAGAAGAAGAAAUCAUUGGAGCUGAAGCACAAAGAUGUCUUCAAGGAUAUCAAUUCAAUUCUACUUCCAGCCUUUGACGAAUAUGGAGCUGAAGAGGAGCCUGAUGGUGUAUCUAAUCUCUAUCACCAGACAAGAAUCUUUACCUCAAGAGAUUCGGAGCUUAAAGAUGACCGGCCCAUUAAGGAGAAGUUAGAGAGAACGAUGAAGCUUUUCCCCAAAACAUUGGUUUUCAAGGACGAUAUGAGAGAUGAUCUUGGCGUGGCCAAACCACCACAAGAGCCCCCUGAACAAGAGAAUGGAGAAGCUAAAGGGAUCCUAAACCCUUCAGCCACUCUUCCCCACGCCUAA